GAUAACUUUUAUUUUCGUUUGAUAACACCGGAACACCGGAAAAUUCUGCGGAAAUAGGGUUAUAAAAUUAUUUAAAGAGUUAUUCAGUUUUUGUAUCCCAAGUUGAAACAUUAAUUUAAAUUAGACAGUUCUAUAUUUAAAUGUUCCAAUGAAUCCAACGACAAUCUCACACUUUGUGCGACAGAUAUCGAACAAUUCCAUCAAGUUUUUCAACCACAAUGAUGUAGUUCGACGAUGUUUUUGUUCCUCUUCUUCACGUUCUACGAAAUCUACCGGACAAAACUCAGAAAAUCAAAAUGAACCUCUCGUCAAAACUUUACUGGACGAUGCAGCUUUAGGUUUUGGACCAAUGGAUGAAAUAGAUGGUGAUGAUGAAUGGAUAUCUUCUCCCUAUCCGCAAGGUGCCAUAGUUAACCCAAAACAAUCUCAAGCUAUGAAAUCUUUACGACCUAAGGUAAAUCCUGGCGAUACUUCCAUAAUACUCUUUCCUGGCCAAGGUUCACAAUAUGUUGGAAUGGGAGCUGAUCUAUUGAAAUUUCCUGCCGCCCGUGAUAUAUUUGAUGCGGCUAGUGAAAUUUUAAAGUACGAUAUAUUGAAGUUGAUGUUGAAUGGACCGGAAUCGAAAUUGAAUGAAACAAUGUAUUGCCAACCCGCUGUUGUUGUCUGUUCAUUGGCUGCGAUAGAAAAACUCAAAGAAGAAAGGCCAUCUGCUCUUGAAAGCUGUAUCGCCACAGCUGGAUUCAGCGUGGGAGAAAUAACUGCUCUUACGUUUGCCGGUGUUUUUAGUUUCGGUGACGCCAUAAAACUCGUCCGAGCUCGUGCCGAAGCCAUGCAGUUGGCUUCUGAAAUGGCUCCCGGAGGUAUGGCCACGGUGAUGUAUCGUCACGAUACAAAAUUGAAUGAAGCUUUAAAGAAAGCCAAAGAAUGGUGCCUUGAUAAAGGAAUAGAACAUCCUGAAUGUAGUAUAGCCAAUUAUCUAAAUCCAGACAUGAAAGUCGUAGCUGGUCAUUUAGAAGCUCUACGUUAUCUUGAACAAAACAAAUCUUACUUUAAUAUUACUGACGUAAAACGUAUCCCACUUUCUAUAGCUGCUCAUUCAAAUUUAAUGAUACCAGGUGUUCCUUAUUUUAAAAAGAAACUUAAAAAAUUACACAUGAAAAAUCCACUUGUAUCAGUGCAUUCUAACGUAGACGGUUGCUAUUAUCGAAGUGGAGCUCAUGUUUACCGUCAGUUACCGAAACAAAUUUAUAAACCAUUAAAAUGGGAACAAACUAUGCACAUAUUGUAUGAAAGAGCUAAAGACUCCAGUUUUCCUCAAACUGUUAUUUGUGGUCCUCGUAAUCCUCUGAAAUCUUAUUUAGCUGGCGUCAAUGUGAAAGCUUCUCAAUUCUGUGAAGAUAUACUUCCGUGAAAAACUUGUCAUCUGUAAUAAUAAUCGUCAAUGUUCUCUUCAAAUAAGUCGUUGUGUGUUUGUUAUACAGGCGGUAGAGUUCUUGGAACGCAACUAUAGAGAAUUUAGAAUUAAAAAAAUUAAAAGAAUUCCCGUUUCCGGAGCUUUUCACACAGAUCUCAUGAAGCCGGCUGUGGAGCCAUUCCAAGUAGCUUUGAAAAAUGUAGAGAUGA